AUGACAUCACUUUUAAAUAGAACAAAUGUGGAUAACGAGGCUGCCUAAACAUAAUUUAGGAUAGCAUCUAUUAUUAUCAUAUCGAUGAUGAGGAUAACCAGAGAUUAUUAGAAGGUGAAGAAGUAAAUAACGGCAUAAAUUAUGCUAUCGCAAUUUAAGAUUAUUAUUGACUAUUAAAACUAAGGGACAUAUGGUGUUUGCCUGCCCUUAUAGAAUUUAGCAGGAUAGAUCAAUGGAGCAAUAUUUGCUUAAAACACUGCUAUAAUAUCAGGAGGUGCAGUAUAUUCAUUUGGAAAUAAAUCAAAUUUGCUAAUAAAGAAAGCUCAAAUAGUAGAAAACAUUGCUGCUUUUGGAGGUGGUAUGACAAUUCGAAAUCACUUUUCUCCAAAUUUAGUUUAAUAUGAAACACUUUUCUUUCGAAAACUCAGCUCUUUAUUUUGGAAAUGA